CUGUGCCGAUGCUUGAUGCUCCGUGUCACCCCGUCCCCGGCCAGACACCUGAAAAGCGAGCAGCGAGCGCCUGCGCCCCCGUCCUUGGCAUGGCCCCCGCCGCCCGUCCUCUCGCCGCGCUGCGCCUCGUCAAAUGCUCCUCCGGCCCGUGACUCGCAGCGGCAGCAACCACUAGCUUGGCGUGGACCACCAAGAGCAGCGAACCCACCUAUAACGCGGUGCAUGGCGACGGCGACGGCUCUGCUCCGGCUCGCGGCUCUCGCCGGCGCCGUGGCCCUCCUCCUGCCGGGCGCCGCCGAGGCCCGCGUCCUCCUCUCCCUCGACGACUUCGGCGCCGUCGGCGACGGCAUUGCCGACGACACGCAGGCUCUCGUGGACGCAUGGAAGGUGGCCUGCGCCGACAGCAACGACCACGUCGUCAUCCACGUGCCCGCCGGCAAGUCGUACCAGAUCUGGCCGGUGACGCUCGCCGGGCCCUGCAGGGACGAGAUCAUGCUCUUCGUCUCCGGGAACAUCAUCGCGCCGGAGAGCCCGGAGGACUGGGACCGGAGCGACGGCGGUAAGUGGCUGCACUUCUUCCAGGUGCAGGACCUGACGGUGAGCGGCGGCGGCGUCAUCGACGGCCGCGGGCAGGAGUGGUGGGCGCAGGCCUGCAAGGGGAAGAAGCACCGCAACGACAAGCAUUGCACAGCCCAGGAUGCUCCCAAGAAAAACGGCUCGUGUUCUCUGCAUGCAUGCAUGCAGGCGCUUCACUUCGAGGAGUGCCACGGGGUGCGGGUGCAGGGCGUGACGCUGCAGAACGGGCAGCAGCACCACCUGACCUUCACCCGGUGCUCCAACGCCAGGGCCAGCUUCCUCAGGGUGGCCUCGCCGGAGAGCAGCCCCGACACCGACGGCAUCCGCCUCGUCAACUCCAUCAGCGUCCACAUCAACGAUAUCCACAUCGCCACAGGUGGCGCUUGCGUGUCCAUGGCGGGCAACUGCACGGACGUCCGCCUCAGAUACAUCUCCUGUGGACCUGGCAAUGGCAUCAGCAUUGGGAGCAUAGGGGAGACCCCGGUUGCUGACAGGCUCGAAAAGAUCGAAGUCGACACCAUGUUCAUCGCCAACACCACCAACGGCCUCCUCAUCAAGACCUGGCAGGAUGGCUGCGGCUACGCGCGCAAGGUGAAGUUCGCCAACGUCGUGAUGAAGAACGUCUCCAACCCCAUCAUCAUCGACCAGUACCGCUCCGAGCACCCCAUACCCUGCGGAUCAACCGCGGCGACGAGGACGGUGGCGGUGGAGAAGAUCGACUACGUGAACAUCGCCGGCACGUCGGCGUCGAAGCGGGCGGUGACCUUCUCGUGCAGCGACGUCGUGCCGUGCAGGCAGGUGUCUCUCAAGGACGUGAACCUGAAGCGGCUCAGCGGCCGCGGCGCCUCCGCCUACUGCCGCAGCGCGUCCGGGAAGGCCGCCGGCGUCGUCGUCCCGGAGUCCUGCCUCGCCGGAGCCAGGGCUGCUGGCGACGAGGAUGAGUGAGCUGUGAGGUCUCGACUGGGUUCUUGGUCUCAGUGUGGUGCUCCCGUCCGGCGUGCAGAGAGUGGCGGCAGUAGUGUCACGGGGUAGUAGAGUAGCCGGCAGUUCUAUGAAUAAUCCGGCCGUGUAUUGUACCAUGUACUGUAUUAUAUUGUGUGCUCUGUACUCACGUACCGCCGUGCGUAUUCAGACGUGUCGUAUUUUCUCGUGCAA